CAUAGGUGGUAGUAGCGUCGUGUACAGCGUGGCGCGCGCAUUCACAACACGCACACACAUCGCAUCGUAAUCGCGAAAUAUUAUCGUCGCCGUCGUGUUAUCGCGCGAAAUUUAAUAGAACAGUGUGACUUGACCGGCGACACGACGUGUCCGUCCCGCGCGACACGGCGCCCCGCACGCGUGAAACCGAACGUUCCGAGUGAAAAACGAUAUUUUUUUGAAAACGUUUUUUUUCGAAAAUCGUCCAACCGUCGCCCGCGUGUCACGGACCCGAUGUCCGUGAAAUAAUUACAUCUCGUUUCGCGAUACGUCCGACCACAUAAUAAUAUUAUAAAAAUUGUCGUACGUAUUAUAAUAUUAUCGUAUUAUCGUCGCAUUGCGAUCAUUCGUGCUGAAAAAAAAUUAAUUGUUAGUGUCGUUUUUUUUUUCAUAAUUAUAUAUAUUAUAUUUUUUUUUUACCGGUGUAACAAUUAUAAUUUUUUUUUUUUAUCCACAAGCCUCGAACGAUACCAUUUUAUUGUAUUAAAAUAUAAUUUAUAUAAAUAUCAUUAAGUGAUUUUUUUUUUUUUUUUGUAAACCAAACGAUUUUUAAUAAAACAUUUUUUUCACGUGAAAAUAUUUUUGUCAGUGUUUUGUGACUUUUUUGUUAAUUUAUUCAUUCGUUUUCUUACUAUAAUUUUUAUGUAUAAUAAAGUGUAUUUUAAUCAUAAUAAUUUAUUAGAACUUCAUUAAUAUAUUAAAAUAUUCUUUAUCCAGAAUUUCACAACAAUCCGUACAAGGUUGACCAGAGCAAUGGACCGCUGCCGAAUAAUCGCCGUCGCCGCCGCCGUUUGGCUGCUGUUGCCCGUCGGGAUGUUCGCCAAUCAACUCAGAGGUUACGCCGAAAGCUGCGUAAACGAAGGCGAAAUAGUAAACGUUCUCACCAUCAAGAACAUGAUGUGCUACACGUGCAUGUGCAAAAACGGAUUUGUGGAGUGCGUAAAAGACCAGUGCCCCGACGAGCAGGGCUGCUAUAUGUUGCAGGACGUUUUCGUGGACACAAAAGAAUGCUGCAGACGGUGUAAAGGUUGCGUUUACAAGGGUGUGCCGAGGGACAGCGGCACGGAGUGGACUGAUCCGAACGACCCUUGCAUGGUCAUGUCGUGUAAGGCCGGCGUGGUCACCGAGACGCGAAUGCAGUGCAUAACACCCUGCCAACAGCCAUUGCCGCCGAAACCGGGAACUUGCUGUCCGACUUGUUCGGGUUGCCGGGUUAUCGGGCAAGAGGUGGCCGCCUGGAAGAACAUCAGCCUGUACGACGACCCGUGUCUGACCUGUCACUGCGAGAGAUCCGCGGCCGGACCGGUGCUCACCUGUUCGAAAAAGGCGUGCCCUGUGCUCCAGUGUCCGUCCAGCAGCAUGCAGAUACUGCCGGGUGAAUGCUGCCCCAGAUGCGUGGGCAAAAGUAGAAAAUUGAUGGACCCGCCGAGAGGUGCCUGUCUGCUGGGUGAUAAGAUCACGCCUUCGGGUCAGGGUACGCACCCUGACAGGUGCACCGAGUGCACGUGCGCCAACUCGACGGUGGUGUGCACUCGGGAGACUUGUCCGCCACUGGAUUGUCCCGUCGAGAAACAGACGUUCGCGUCACACAACCAGUGCUGUCCGCAGUGCCCGAGGACCCUGGACAAGAGCGAGACGUGCGUGGAAAAUGGCAACGUUUACUUGAACGGGGACGGCUGGAAGGUGGACGAGUGUAAGUCGUGUCUGUGUGUCCGUGGCCAGGUGCAGUGUGCCCAAGAGAUGUGUCCACGAAUUUCGACGUCGUGCCCGUUAAAUAUGAAGCUGCGAACCGUUCCGGGGUCGUGUUGCCCCCGAUGUGUACCAAUGGACGGAGUGUGCACAGUCUUUGGCGAUCCACAUUACAGAACAUACGACGGAAAAUUCUUCAGCUUCCAAGGACCAUGCAAAUAUCUAUUGAGUGCGGAUUGCGUGGGCCGGACCUUCAGCAUUCGGGUGACAAACGACGCAAGAAACACGAGAAAUUCAGCGUGGACGAAAACUAUUUCUUUGAGGACUGGAGGUUUGAAAGUAAACCUCGGUGAGAAUAAACGGAUCAAGAUCAACGGACAGAGAGUGUCUGUGCCGUACAAGAGGAGUAACGAGCUGACCAUAUCCAACAUGAACGAUACUGUAUUGGUUGAGACCAGAAUUGGCGUUUCUAUCAUUUGGGAUGGGCGAGGAUUUCUAGAAGUGUCCGUACCGUCGAGGUACAAAGGCAGUUUGUGCGGACUGUGCGGAAAUUUUAACUCUGUGCCCAGAGACGACAUGACCACUAAGGACGGCCAAGUAGUGUUGGAGCCCCAAGUGUUUGGAUCGUCUUGGCGCGUGGGUGGCAAGAACGCGUGCAGCCGGCCGUUGAAACCCCCGUUCGUGCAAACGUCGACACAGUGUUCCAAGAAGGGGCCCCGAAUUCGAGAACGGAUGUGCAAGCCGCUCCGACAACGGAUGUUUGCCGCGUGUCACAAAAAGCUCAACCCAGUCAACUUUUUCAGGUCCUGUCUGAUGGACAUGUGCGAGUGCCCCACGGGCCGGAAGUGCUAUUGCGAGGCGAUGACAGCGUACGCGCACAACUGUCGCCGCCUUGGUGUGUCGCUGCCGGACUGGAGGACCAUGACCGGAUGCCACACAUACUGACCCGCGUUCUCACGUCCAUCCCGUGCAGUAGACUCCGCUUGUUUGUUGUUGCUAGUCAUUGUUUUUUUACACCUUCAACUUUGCGGUGGUCGCCGCGCGUUUACCUGACCGACGGGUCGAAAUGAUCGUGACAGACCGUUUCCACGUUACCGUUUAAACAAAUAGUAAUAAUAAUUUAGUAACAAUUAACUUAACUUUUAAGUGGCUACAACAAACUCUGACCCGGCGGCGACUCUACCGUUUCCAGGCGGGUGUCCGUCGCAUAAUUAUACCUUACCCUUUUACUACCAUAAUAUUAUGUCUAUGGUUUUAUUUAUUUAUACAUUUAAUCAGUUCGAUUGUACGGUCGCGACUAACCUAACCGAACCUGGUCGAUGUUUUAAAAUCUGAACGCCGGCGUUUACACUGUAAUAUACAUACCGCGAUUUAGUAUAAGUAUACCACAAAACAGAUUGCAGAGUAAUGUUAUUGUUUGCAUUCAUAUUUUUCGAUAUUGGCCUAUUAUAAUUUAUUUGUAGUGUGUUUUCGUAUAAACGCGAAUUUUGACGAAUUUUCCUCCUCAUUCGUGAUAAAUGAUAAUAUAAAUUAUUA